GGUGUCUAUUAUGCUGCUGGGGAGUAUAUAAGACAUCACAUCGUCUCUGUAGGCAGUGUUGCUCUGAACUUACACUAUAAGAGUAUUCUACAGGUUUUGUUGAAACAUUUUUAGACAACAUGCAGAAUCACAAUCUCUUCAACAGAGGGACGGUUGUAGCCUGGUGGCUGGUAUUUUUGGUGCUUGUCCAGCAGUUGGCCUGCAGUCCUGUGCCACCGGACAAACCCUCAACAUCUGAACAAGAGGUUCAAAUGUCACCUAAGAGAACUGCUCGAAUGACCCCAUUAUGGAGGAUCAUGGGAACGAAACCUCAUGGAGCUUUCUGCCAGAACAACUAUGAGUGCUCUACAGGAAUAUGCAGGAAAGGCCACUGUUCCUACAGCCAGCCAAUUAAUUCCUAAAAUGAAGACUCUCUCCUUUAUUUCUGAUCAAUGAAGCUAUACACCAUCAUGCACGUACCAAACAGAACAAGAUGACAAGUGCUUGAUUCAGUGAGCAAAAGAAUGUGCAAUGCAGUUAAUCAUCAGUUAGACAUAUAGUCAAGAGCUUUAUAAUGCCACAAUGGAGGCAAUGGGUAGCAAAGGUGGAAAAUCAUGUGUGUCAUAAGGUACCUAAAAUGUAGACUCUCUUGAGAAUGAAAGAAAUAUCUACAUAACCUCGUACAUAGUGGUAGUGCUGUAUACUAGAAGCAUUUGUAGUUGGAUUUGCAUGACUUUUUCUCAAAAUGAAUGAAAAUGUUAUAUUACAUGUAUCACACAGAUUUCUGGGGGUGCUAGCUAGGUGAUGUAUGUACAGUAAGUAGAAUGUAAUUUUGGGCCAGUUUCUUACCAGCCCUUAUCUUAGAUUGAGGAGGACAGAAUUAGCCUUUAAACGAAAAGCUCAUCUCAGGACUAAACAUAGUCUCAUUCUGGAAACUGGUCUGUAGUAUUAGAUCAUGCUUGGAAAAUAUACAUGGAAGAGUAGGCAAAAGUAAGGACUCAGCAAGAAGUGCCUUAUAGGUCAAUCCAAAUGUCGUUGAACUAAAGUUAGUGAGAAAAUGGGAUAGAGAAGGUGCAAGGGUUGCCAUUAUUGAUUGUGCCUACAUAUUAUUAACCAUUUUUUUCCAUCCUUUGCUUAAAUCUCUGUGUGCUUACAUUGGUAGUAUUUAAUAUGUUAUGUUUAGACCUGUCACUAUUUAUGUUGUUAUAUUGUUUUGACACUUCAUCUCAUCUUCAUCUUAUCAAUAUUUGAUGACUUAUUUAUUAUAUUCCUCUUUUAUAUAUUGUAUGCCUCAACAGUUCAUAAAAAGCUAUUUUUUUAAGUAUCUGACUUUAAUGUAUCAAUAAGAUUUAUAUGUCUUGUCAUAUUUUAUUUUACUUUACAGUAUACUAAGCUAUAUAUUAUACAAACUAAACUACCUAUAUUUUAGGGCUUUAAAAUUAAAAUUGGAGAAAAAGUCAGAUUAUAAUAAUUUAUGAGCUCCAUCUAUUGCCUACAGAGCAAAGAUCACUGCAGUUUGCCAACAAUUAAGCAGCAGCUGUUCUAGUGAGAAUAAAACCUCUAUCUUUUCAACUCUC